CUUCCAUGUAGUAAAAGUCAAAAUUGAAGAGUCCAUCUUUUAAAUAAAAUUUCUCCAAUUUUUUUGCAACUAAUAAUUGGCGAAAAAACAAAGUUGAUAUAAAAAUUAAGAUAAAUUUGCAAAAAUUUCAGUAAAGAAUUAAUAAAAAUUUGCUGAAGAAUGCCUAAAAAUAAAGGUAAAGGAGGGAAAAAUCGUCGCCGUGGUAAAAAUGAAAACGAAUUUGAAAAACGUGAAUUGAUUUUUAAAGAGGAUGAACAAGAAUAUGCACAAGUCACAAAAAUGUUGGGAAAUGGUCGUCUUGAAGCAAUGUGCUUUGAUGGUGUCAAAAGACUAUGUCACAUCAGAGGAAAGUUAAGAAAGAAGGUUUGGAUAAAUCAAGGUGACAUCAUUUUAGUAGGUUUACGCGAUUACCAAGAUUCAAAAGCGGAUGUUAUAUUAAAAUAUACCCCCGAUGAAGCUAGAAAUUUGAAAACAUAUGGAGAGUUUCCAGAAUCUGUGCGCAUUAAUGACACAGUUACAUUUGUUGAAGACGGGUUUGAUGAGGAUAUUGAGUUUGGCGACGAAAUUAGUUCUGAAGAGGAAGCAGAUUCGGUGGAUGCUAUCUGAUCAAACUAGAAAAGCAGUAUUUUAAAUGAAUAAAAAUGGUUAACUGCAAAGGAUACAUAUAAAAUGGAACUCAUUUUUUUUUUUAUUUUUCGAUAUUUUACGAUUUCAAAAAAUUGUAUGUAAUGUAUAAACAAUAGACAUAGUUUUUGAAAGUUGCAUUAAACAAAUCGCAGUUAUUUUCCAUAAUCUCUACACGAAAUAAAUUAAUAUCUAUAUUUCAUGGAAAAAUACUGUUAAAGCAGUUUUUUGUUGUAUUGCGGAUGUUAUUGUUUUAUAAAGAAAAGCAUUCGGUAGCAUAUUUUAUUAAUAUCUAUAUUAGGUUUUUUGUUUAUAUCUUUGAUAUUUUUGUGAAAUUCCUCUUUCAAAAUCAUAGUUUCUUUAUUAUAUUUAAAAUGAAAAAAUAAAUAAAAAUAGAAAAAUAUUACAAAAAUGAAA